GCAGAAAGGGAGAUAAUUCGGUAUUACCCACGAAGUAAUUUCUGCACACGGCACUGCAGUACUUACAUUAGGCGUGAGCGAUCAACAGAGAUCUAACGUAUCUGACAUUUAGAAGCUACUCAACUGUGAGACAUGUCCGGACCCCCACCACCUUACCCCGGUGGCCCAGCCUACCCAAUAGACAAUAAGGGAGUGCCACCUCCAGGGCAGUACCCCCCACCUGGACCUCCGCCCCCCGGAUACCCAGCUCAACCCGGUUACCCCCAACAACCAGGUCAACCUUAUGGAGUGCCAGGCCAGCCGAUGUAUGGUCAAGGUUACCAUGGUUACAGUCAGCCAGGUCAGCCCGGCGGCUACCCACAGGGACAGGCGAGCACCACUGUGGUCGUCCAGCAGCCCACCAUCGCCGUCGUGCAGCAGUUCAGGGAGGCACCUGUACAGACCCAGUGUCCACACUGCGCCGCACAGAUCGUCACGGCAACUCACUACGACAAUGGCACGUUUACCUGGGUCAUCUGUCUCAUCCUGUGCCUUGUUGGGUGUGAUUUCUUAUGCUGUCUAAUCCCGUUCUGCAUGGAUGGCUGCAAGGAUGUGAUCCACACCUGUCCCAACUGUAAAGCCAUGGUGGCACGAUGGAGUCGGAUGUGAGCCCCUGAGAUGAACUGAGCGAGAAAGAAAUGGCAUUACCAUCGAGACAAGGAGUAGGCUAGUUUCAACAGAUUCACCACAUUUCCUGUAAGGUUACGGUGACCUACAGCUGCGUAUUGUCUAAUUAUACAUCGUUCUGUUAAACUAAACAAUGUCUUAACUUGUUUGAUAUGGAAAUAUUCUGGACCAACAUGUUUCUUUUUUGUUGGUUUAUCUUGUAAAUGAUAUACAUGUGUUUUAAUCCUUCAUGUGUAAUUUUGUCUAGUUGUAGCCGUUUCGAUCUAUUUUACUGCACGAUGUUGACACAGCGACCUUCUGUCUGGUUGACAGGACCACGGCUGUUCACUUGUGUACCAUACAGUUGUCUUUUUGUGAUGUAUGGUGUACUGUGCUGUGCUGUGCUGUGCGCUGUUGCUGUGGGUUGUCACUGUUAGUGUAUUAUUUAGUUUUAAGCAGUUGACAACUCAACUUUGAUGUCUCUGUUUGAGUCUUCACCACACUUAAUGAACAUCAGCAUUAUCUAAGUUGUGUUUAUUCACAAUCCUCACAGAAACAUUCUUGUUGAAUUUCUAUUUUUCUAAUGUGACAGUGCAAGGAGAGCAACGGACAUCAUCAAUGUGUUGUUGCUAGAUGCAAGCUGAAGGCCCCUGUCAUGUAAUGAUUUGAUGGUACAUACACUGAACACCAGCCUAGUGUUUCCCCCUGGUUGUAGUUGAAGGGAAACAUAUUUUCGCCAUAUUGACCUGUUUCACUUCCCAUAUGAUGGAUUAUGAUUGAUAUACAUACACCUUCAUUGGUGAAUUGCAAGAAGGCCUGGUACAACUAUAGCAACAGAAACAAGAUCAUGUAGCUAUCUCACACUAGUCCCACUUUUACCUUUUAUUGAGUCCCUUGUGCUGUAGGCAUUCAGCAAAGUGGUUGUUGCCUAUUGUCAUCCUACUUGUACUUUCUCAAGUACAUGUUUUUAUGGGCAACAUCAGUGUUCAGUUUCAGUCAAAUCAGACAGAACAUAGUUGCACACUUAAACAUGUUAAUCAAUAUGGUUUUAGUAAUUACAUUUUUUCAUAUGUUAAUUUUAUAGACUCUUAGUGUAUGUAUAUGAAUGCCAGAUAUAUUCGGCAUCUUUGUUUUGUGAUUUUUAUGUCAUGAGAGAUUUGAAAAUAACCUUUCAAGACUGCAUGAUUUUUGUGAAUAACUCAGGCCCCAUCAACCGGUUACCAUAGUAACCUGUACCAAAAGUCACAAGGAGCUGAUAGGUUAGUGAUUGAUCAGGUUUGUCAUUCUUCUGAUGGUGACUUUGUUGCUUCUGAUGGCGACUAUGUUGCUACUGAUGGUGACUAUGUUGUUCCUGAUGGCGACUAUGUUGUUCCUGAUGGUGACUAUGUUGCUACUGAUGGUGACUAUGUUGCUUCUGAUGGCGACUAUGUUGUUCCUGAUGGUGACUAUGUUGUUCCUGAUGGCGACUAUGUUGUUCCUGAUUGUGACUAUAGUGAGUGGUUGACAUGAUCAGAAACCUGUGCUGUAUUGGAGGCCAUGUGAUUAUGAACUCACUAUUAAUUUAUGCCAAUGCCAAUCAAGUUUGCUCAGUAAAGAUCUGAUCUGUCCUGAAGGACAAUUCUUGUGUGAUCUUGACAAAAGAUUAGCAGCAUUUAGCUGACUUCUUGCAACCUAUAAUAGAUUACUUUCUCUGUUUUCUUAUUUACAUUUUCAUUGAGGCUUUAUGUCAUGUUAUCACUGAUCUGUUUCAAAAGUGAUAAGAUAGAAUAGCUGAGAUCCAAAUGUAUAAACAUACCAAGUGCCAAAAUACCAAGAUGUGAACUGUAGAUACACUUAAGACACCACAAGUUCUCAAGCAAUACAGAGUGAAGAAGUACACUUAGCCCAAAGAUCUAAACCCUGACACAAGGAUGUAAGAGUUUCCACUCUAGGAAUGUUUCAUAGGUAGUGGUGUGUUCACCUGUCAAUGCUAGCUACAUAAAGUGUGAUGGACCACACAUAAAGUCUGAUUCCAGGAGGGAUGUGGUACCUUACAAAUGGUAUUCACUGUUCACGUGUUCCAGUGUUGAACUAUGUACUUGCUGAAUAUAUUGCUGGUCUGAAGCUACACCCAUACACACACAGAUAUUGAUAGCCCAGUGCUAGCUACACCCAUACACAUCCAGGUACUGCUAGCCCACUGUAUGCUAAUGUUUGCUGUCAUCCAUCACGUACUUCUUAAUGUGAGAAAAUCAGCCGAGUGUUUUUAGCUCCAUGUUCUUGUUAUUUGUGUCCAAUGCUUUUAUUUGUCAGUUUUGUAUCCUAAUAUUUCUUCAUAAAUAAACUCUGUGUGCAUAAUA